GUGACUAGUGUGGUGCUGCAGGGAUUGGUGCUAAAGUCCCAGUGAUUCACAAUCUAUGUCAAUGAUUUCGAAUGAGGGGAUCAAGUGUCAUGUUUGUUGAUGAUAGAUGGUACUGUGAGUUAUGAGGAGAAUGCCGAGAGGGAUGUUAAAAAGCUAAGUGAAUGGUGAUGGCAUGGCAGAUGGAAUAUAAUGUGGAAAAAUAUGAGAUCAUCCUCCUUGGUAGAAAAAAAUGAGAAAGGUGGAGUUUUUUUUGUAUGGUGAGAGAUUGAAAGAUGUUGGUAUUCAAGAGACCUGGUUGUCCUUCUAUAUUAAUCACGGAAAGUCAACACCCAGGUACAGCAAGCAAUUGGGAAAGCAACUAAUAUGUUGACUUUCAUUGCAAGAAAAUUUUACAAGGGUGAAGAUGGCUCCUUGGAGCUAUAUAUAGGGCCCUGGUGAGAGUGCAUCUAAUCUAUUGUGCACAGAUAGAAUCAUAGAGUUAUACAGCAUGGAAACAGGCCCUUCAGCCCAGCUCGUCCAUGCUGACCUACCUGAACUGGUCCCAUUUACCUGCAUUUAGCACAUAUCCCUCUAAACCUCUGGUCUCCCUAAGGCUAUACCUGUGAUAGAGGGAGUGCAAUGAAGGUUUACCAGAUUCAUUGAAAGGGAAGCAGGUCUUAUCAUAAUUUUGAAAGGACAAUUGAUUGGAAGGGGAAACAACUAACUGAAUAUGUCUUUCGAUAGUCCAAAUGGCACCUUCCAAUGUUGUAUAAUUAUCCUGUCGAGGUAAUCUGCAGUUUGGCUGCUUUGCACAUUCAAAUCAGCCACCAGGGGGAUCGCUGUUCAACAGAACAGGGAACUUUCAUUCCCGUACUGCGGCGGCGGGUCUUUAUCUCUCUGUCCAGCUCACAGCUGAAUGGAACUUACUUCUGGGGGAAGCUGUGCGAGCGAAUUCUUCCUCCAGUUUAAAAUCAGCGUUGCAAAGGGAAAGCAAAAUAUUCCGGAGAAGUGAAGCGGGCCACACAGCAAGAAACGUGCUGAUCCUGUACAUUGUAUCAAUGAAGAAGCUUGAUGUCGUGAUAAGCUGCAGAUGACUUGUAGCCCUAUUGCCAAGGAAGAUGAGUUCCACUGCAGAAACCAGAAAUACCGCCGUUAGACAAAAUGGGCACAGUGGUGAAGGUAACUUGCGAGAGAAGAUUUACAAGAAGACUCCAUCAUCUGCACUUCAAGGAUCUAUCCAACUUGGUAUAGGAUAUGCUGUUGGAAACCUUACGUCAAAACCAGAACGAGAUGUGCUCAUGCAAGAUUUCUAUGUUGUGGAAAGUGUCUUUCUACCAAGUGAAGGAAGCAAUCUUACACCUGCACAUCGAUAUCCUGACUUUAGAUUCAAGACAUACGCUCCAUUGGCUUUCCGUUAUUUCCGGGAACUUUUUCAUAUAAAGCCUGAUGAUUAUUUGUAUUCCUUAUGCAAUGAACCACUGAUUGAGCUUUCCAAUCCUGGUGCAAGCGGGUCCUUAUUUUAUGUCACAAGUGACGAUGAAUUCAUCAUCAAAACUGUGCAGCACAAGGAGGCAGAAUUCUUGCAGAAGCUGUUACCAGGGUACUAUAUGAAUUUAAACCAGAACCCAAGGACGCUGUUGCCAAAGUUUUAUGGAUUGUACUGCAUGCAGUCGGGAGGUACUAACAUAAGGAUUGUGGUUAUGAACAAUGUGUUGCCAUGUUCUGUGCGGAUGCAUCAGAAGUACGAUCUGAAAGGCUCAACGUACAAACGCAGGGCCUCUAGGAGAGAGAGGGAAAAAGAUAUACCCACAUUCAAAGACUUGGACUUUAUACAGGACAUGCCAGAUGGUCUCUUUUUUGAUGCUGAAACCUACAAUGCAUUGAUCAAAACACUUCAGAGAGAUUGCCGGGUUUUGGAAAGUUUUAAAAUCAUGGACUAUAGCCUGUUGUUGGGAAUCCACAACUUGGAUGUAGCUGACAAAGAGAAAGAAAACGAGGUGGAGAACCUUCAGACUGCCCCAGACGGGAAGCGAGCAGUAGGGCAGAAGGUGUUGUAUUCCACUGCCUUGGAAUCUAUACAGGGUGUUACAAAAUCAGGGGAAUCUGUCGGAACAGAUGAAACAAUGGGUGGCAUACCGGCCAAAAAUAGUAAAGGGGAGCGGGUCCUCCUUUACAUGGCCAUCAUCGAUAUUCUACAGUCCUACAGGUUCAUCAAGAAGCUGGAACACUCCUGGAAAGCUCUCGUGUACGAUGGGGAUUCUGUGUCAGUCCAUAGGCCGGGAUUCUACGCUGAUCGCUUUCUGAAGUUUAUGAGCAGCAGAGUGUUUAAAAAGACAUUGUCCUUGCGAUCGUCUCCUUCGAAGAAAGCUCGAAAUUCCAUUCCGGUUGUUAAAUACAUAGGGCAGGAAGUUCCAGCCUCUGGACUCAUACAGGACGUGACUGAGGGGAAGAGUGAGAUGCUGUUGGGAACGAGGAGCUAUUGUAGUCUUGACGAGGAAGCAAUGGGAUAUCGUAGACGCAGACCUGAUAUCUUACCCAGCACCACGUCUUUAUUUGAAGCAACCUCCUUAGCGACAACACUUUCCUCCACGUCACUAUUUCUGAAUGAACCGACGCCAUCCGAAGGAACAGCAAACUCUUCGAACAAGGAAGGAAAUCCAACUAGCUCUACUGUGACUUUGGAAGACAGUGCAAUCUGCUUAACAUUGGAGAAAAGUACACUGGAAAUAGAAAAUGAUGAUGAUUCUGAAUUUGACAUUCGUUUGUAAAUCGACAGGAUGAAUUUGCUGGACAGAUGUCAGCUGGGGCAGAGAAUAAACCCAGCCUAAACAUUCCUUCACCACCUGGAAAGAUGCUCUCUUCACUCCGGCUAAUUGAUGAAUUAAAACACAAGUCCCGUUUAUUAAACAGAGGAUUGUAUAAACUCAGUUAUGUGCCAUGGACCUUGUUGACUGACAUUGAGCAGGCCAGGAUUCAAAAAGAACACUUCACACUUCAGCACCAUGUAUUUGUUGUUUGCUGUACAAAUAGCUCUUUAUUUUUUCCUCAUUUAUGUGAUUCCUCUUGAUCAUCUGAAAAAAAAUGUUUGGCAUUUUUACUGGUUCUGAAAUUCUACCAGAUUUAUAUUUUGUUACUUUGCUGGUUUUGAUUGCAUACAUUUCAGUAUCUGGCAGUUUUAAAAGAAAAAGAUUUUUCAGAUGCCAAAAACACUUGUGCCUGAAGCGUGGGUGUUAACUUUUCUAUUUUGUUAAAUUUCCUAAGAUGCAGUCUUUUAACCAGCCUAUGGAUAAAAAUUGUCUACUUUGUACUUGCAUUGAAUUGCAAUGUUUGCACAUGACUACAUUAACAGAUAUUCUAGAAAUUCUAGUUUCGCUUACCUGUCAGUUUAAAAAAAAGUUUACAGAAAUGUAUACACAUCAUCUCAAUGUCUAUUUUAAAUAUGACAAAGAGUCUAUUUUAAUGAACUCUUUCUGGGAGGUCUUAAAGAUCUCUGUAAAUAGGUAUCUUUAAAAUUGUAAGAAGUUUGCUUGAGAUGCUUCCUGCAAUGUAAUGUUCACUUAACAAAACUUGUGUACAGGAAUAAUUUGUCAAAUUUAUGUUCUUCUGAGUUGUAUAAUAAUUGAAUGGCCUGCUGAAAUUUAUGCUGCAUUAUAUGUAUGUAAAUUGUAUAGGACUUGAGUUUUGCUGCCAUUCUGAAUCAUUGUAAAUCUUUUUCCAAGCAAUCAUGUUCAGAUUAUUUAAAUGUUACAUUAUUGUUGAGCAUCUAUUUAUUGAAAUUAGUCUUGCUGCAGCCAUUUUUCUGGUAAUGGGAGAUCCUUGGCAUCCCCUGGUGGAUGUGGUUUAGCACUGCACAACCUGGAGGGCAAACUGAACAUCAGUUUCAUUGGCCAAUGUUUUGAAUCAAAUAGAAAGCACUUAGAAAGAAACCACCAGCAGAGAAUGAAUAAAAAAAAGUUUAACUUG